GCCCCGUCGGGGAAGGAGGAAGAUGAGGAUGAAGACGCUGGCGUGCUGCCGGCGGCGCCCGCAGGACUUCAGCAUCGACAUGGACCAAGAGCCUGACAGAGUGACGACAUACAAUGGCCUCGAGAGCUGCAUUUUCAACAGUUCCUCUUGUGAUGAGGACAGCGGCGUUAGUGCAACAACUGGGGCAGAUGGCUGUGUCACCACUGAUUCCCUUGAAGAUGAAGUUUCAAGUUGCUCCUCCAGCAAGGAUGUUUAUGGCUCUUCCUUUUCUUCACAAUGCCUUCCGUUGAGCAAGCAGGAGGAGCAUUCACUUUAUGAGCUGGAUACACUCGAUGCUGUCCAUCUGCUUCCCAUUAAAGGGAAGAAUCCAAUUACAUAUACUCUGACUGCCUCUGAUAUUGAGACCAUGAAGGAGAAGUUUGCAAGGCUACUGCUUGGUGAUGACGUUUCAGGAGGUGCCAGAGGCGUGUGUGCUGCUCUGGCCUUGUCCAAUGGCAUAACUAAUCUUUCAGCCACUAUUUUUGGAGAGCUGUGGAAGCUGGAACCACUAUGCAAGGAGAAAAAGAUCCGGUGGCGGAAGGAAAUGGAUUGGCUGCUUUCUCCUACAACUUACAUGGUCGAGUUGGUUCCUACGAAGCAAAAUGGAGCAGAUGGGUGUGUGUUUGAGAUUAUGACCCCGAAGGCUCGUUCAGAUGUUCAUGUGAACCUUCCUGCUCUUCAGAAGCUUGAUUCCAUGCUAAUUGAAGUUCUGGACUCAAUGGUGGAUACGGAGUAUUGGUACGAGGACAGUGGCAGCCGAGCUGGUAGCAGGGGCAAAAAUAAUGGUCAGAGACAGACCAAAAAGUGGUGGCUCCCUUCCCCUUGUGUCCCUGAACAAGGGUUAUCUCAAUUGCAGAGGAAAAGGAUUAUUUUUCAGGCUAAACUUGUCCAUCAAAUCCUGAAAGCUGCGAAGUCUAUCAAUGAACAAGUCCUGCUUCAGAUCCCUAUUCCCACGGCUGUUAUGGACGCCCUUCCAAAGUCUGGAAGAGCUAGCCUGGGUGAAGACUUGUACCAUGCUAUAACAACAGAUUACAUUCCUAUCGAGGAGAUCUUCAUUUCUCUCAGUUUGAAAACCGAGCAUAGCGUGCUCGAGACUAUGAACCGGUUAGAGGGCGCGUUGUUCGCGUGGAAUCAGAGGAUCUCAGAGGAAAGAAGCAGGAGGUCCCCUGGCCGGCACUCCUGGAAUUUCAUGAAGGACAAAUCAUCGGAAGUAGAGAAGAUGUCCGCGUGCAUAGAGAGGGUCGAAACCCUGGUGCAGCUCCUGAAAUCCAGGUUCCCCAACCUGCCUCCGACGUUCGUAGACGUCGUAAAGGUCCAGUACAACGAGGACGUUGGGCAUGCCAUUGUGGAGGCCUACUCGAGGGUUCUCGUGGGCGUCUCGUUCAGCAUACUGUCCCGGGUAGCGGAGGUCAUGCUGGAGGACGACCUGAUCAAGAAGCCCAACACGCCGAUGGCCACCCUGAAGUUCGACCUCUCGUCCGACGUGUACCUGGCGGGCAUCACGGAGACGCCGCCGGGCCACAUCCGGCGGUCCCUCAUGGACCAGAUCAGCAUGGUGGACGGGCGCUUCGACGCCAUCGUCAAGAAGAAAGGGGCGAAGCAGCUGGUCUGGUGA